GAGAACUUAACCAGCUAGCACAGAAACAAACACUGCCAGGCUCGACUCGGUUGAAUCGUUCUGUGAUUUCCUUUCUCCUCGUUAGCCUCAAUAGUAUUAUUAGAAUGUGAUGCAUCAGUAGUGUAUGGUCCAACCAAAACUCACACUCGUCCAUCGACCAUCGUACGUGCAUGUUGGUUGCUUCCAAAAUAAAGCCAAUCACAGCUUACGUUCUCCUCACGACCCCUAGAUCCCAACAUCUCUGCCUCAAGGUUCCUUUCUACUGUUUUCUUCACCUUCCCCGUCGCCGCCGGUGUUGUGUAGAGAAGACGAACAAUCAAGAUGGCUACGAAGCUUGUUUUGAUUAUAUUCGCGAUAUGUAGGUUGCUUGUUACGGUAGGACUGACUAUGGACCCGGCAGAGCUGCUCCGUCUCGCGGUAGAGGGACAGCUCAGCUUGGAUCCGUCGGAAGUGGAGACGGCGUCCAAGGACUUCGGUCUCAUGAGUAGAGCGGAGCCCUUGGCCGUUGUGCACCCGUCUUCGGCGGAAGACGUAGCACGGCUCGUGAGGGCCGCGUACUCGUCGGCCAAUGGCUUCAGAGUCUCAGCUCGCGGGCAUGGACACUCGAUCAACGGCCAGGCUCAGGCGAUAAAUGGAGUGGUGGUGGAGAUGAGCGGUGGCAACCGCGCAGGAUCGGGGAAGAUUGCUGCCGGCCGGAGCGAGAAGGCAGGUCCAAUUGUCUCAGAGAAAGGUUUGUACGUGGACGCCUGGGGAGGAGAGUUGUGGAUAGAGGUGUUGGCGGCAACGCUGGAGUAUGGACUCGCCCCCAAGUCGUGGACGGACUAUUUAUACUUGUCAGUCGGCGGUACACUCUCCAACGCCGGAAUCAGUGGCCAAGCUUUCAAUCAUGGACCUCAGACUAGUAAUGUUCUUGAGCUUGACGUUGUCACAGGCAAAGGUGAACUCCUGUCAUGUUCAGAAGAGAAGAACGCAGAGCUGUUCCACGCUGUUCUUGGAGGGCUUGGCCAGUUUGGAAUCAUCACUAGGGCUAGAAUUGCCGUCGAACCAGCACCCACAAGGGUGAGGUGGAUCCGAGUACUGUAUUCAAAUUUUACGGCAUUUACCAAAGACCAGGAAUAUCUGAUCUCUCUGCAUGGGCAACCCAGCAGCCAGAAAUUUGAUUACGUUGAGGGUUUCGUUAUUGUCGACGAAGGCCUCAUCAACAACUGGAGGUCAUCUUUCUUCUCCCCAAGGAAUCCUGUCAAAAUUUCAUCCAUUGAUUCUAAUGGGAAUGGUGGUGUUUUAUAUUGCUUGGAAAUAACCAAAAACUACGAUGAUUCAACAGCUGAUUCUAUUGACCAGGAAGUAGAGGCUUUGUUAAACAAACUGGAUUUCGUACCGACAUCAGUGUUCACUACUGAUCUUCCUUACGUGGAUUUCUUGGACCGGGUUCACAAGGCGGAGCUGAAGCUCCGGUCCAAGGGAUUGUGGGAUGUUCCCCAUCCUUGGCUCAACCUUUUUGUCCCCAAAUCAAGGAUUUCUGACUUCGACGAGGGAGUCUUCAAGGGCAUACUGGGAAACAAGACAAGCGGCCCGGUCCUCAUCUACCCUAUGAACAAAGACAAGUGGGACCAGCGGAGCUCGGUGGUGACGCCGGAUGAGGAUGUGUUUUACCUGGUGGCAUUGCUGAGAUCGGCGUUGGAUUCCGGGGACGAGAUUCAUACGUUGGAGUACCUGACCAAUCAAAACCGUCAGAUAUUCAAGUUCUGUGAAAAAGCAGGGAUCAAGGUGAAGCAAUACCUCCCCCACUACACAACACAGCAAGAAUGGAUGGACCAUUUCGGAGAUAAGUGGCCUCGGUUUUACCAGCGGAAGAUGGAGUUCGAUCCCCGGCAGAUUUUGGCCACCGGCCAACGUAUAUUCAGCGGCCCGUCUACGGUUUCUAACCGGGGUUACGAUCAAUUGUGAUCGGAAAAGUGUUCCAUCAUGUACAAACGAUUCGAUAGUAGUAGCAGCAGCCUUAGCGAGGGACAAACCUCUUGAAUUAACUGGCUCGAUGUACAAAUUAAUACUAGCGAAGGGUAUUCUCUUAACAAGUAAAACUAGAAAAGGCUUAUAA